AUGAUUUGGACAAUGGACUUCAUCGAGCCUCUCAUUCAUACCGACUUUGAGCAAGAUCCAGCCACACUUAUAUAUUCCACCCCAAUCGACCCAAACAUCCAACUAUCCCCAUCGGAUUUGGACGAUAUCCAAAAACCAGCAUGGCAAUCCCUGGAUCUCGACUUACCCCUGAAUACCGAUGAAACCACUCAGAUUGAUACUUCCGGGCCUUACCUUGACGGUUGGUCAUACCCGGCUCCUCUGGCAAACCCAAUCCCGGCUAUCGAAAAAAUGGAAUUGCCUACUUCAACACUGAAACCUUGGGAUUUACAUUUAUCCAUUAAUAAUGAUCACAGCACCUCACAACUAAAUACUAUAGAUAUCGAUAAAAUCAGGCCUUCCUCAUCGUCUUUCAUUUCAAAUUCAACGUCAACAAUAGAGUCGCCUAUCUUGAAAUCUCAAGCUUUUAGUAUAUUCAACGAUAAUCUAAGAAAUCUGUCUUUCGGCUACACUUAUAACUAUAAUGAUACCAAUAAUGACAACAAUGACAACAACAUCAUUAGUACCACCAUCAGUACCGUCGCUACAAUCAAUGAUAUCUCACCACCUACUUCAAUUGAUGAUACUGACGACUUCGAAGAUCACGAGAUCCUAAACAAUCUAACUCCAAAUACAAAAACAGGUAAAAAAAUAAGCGAUUCAAGACUAUCAUUGGCUCAAUUGUCAGUUGUACUGAACCUGAAGGGAAAUGACGAAGAAACCGCUAAAAGAGAAAAGAACAUCCUAAAUAUAUUGAAAAAUGAUUUACAUUUCCCUAUUGGGGAGAAAACAUGGAUUAGAGAUACUCCAAUCAAUGAAAGACAUCGUAUUUUGAACGAAUUGACAGACUUGGUAGAAAAUAGGUUCCAUUAUGGCUACUCAAAGAAAAUUCUAUCCAUUAUUGUUCGUAGAGCAAGUUAUUACAUGAUGCAGGGAAGAUUGAGAAGACAACGCAGACUACAACGUAAGUUGAAAAAAACUUAA